AUGGCGCUCUACUCCAGCUAUUUCCUUCUCGAAUUUCUGGGCAUAAUAAUUGCCAUUGCCAUAUCUGCCUACGUCUACAUGAAAUAUGUGAUCUUCAACUACUGGAGUUCGAGAAAUGUAACUUCUCCAAAGCCCAUCGUUCCUUUUGGCAACAUGAAGCCCGUCGUGACAGGAAAACGUUCAAUAGGUGAAAUGUUCCACGACAUCUACUUGGAGUUUAAAAAAAGUCCGAUUAUUGGUGUUUACAUGUUUCACCGACCUUCUCUUGUCGUCGCUGAUCCAGAACUCGUACGCUUUGUUCUCACGAAGGAGUUCGCACACUUUCAUGACCGUGGAGUUUACUGCGAUGAAAAGUCUGAACCCUUGUCUGGACAUCUGUUCUCGUUACCCGGUGCUAAAUGGAAGUUUUUGAGGAACAAGUUCACUCCCACGUUCACAUCGAGCAAGAUGAAGCAGAUGUUUUUCACGGUUAAGGAAACAUCCGAAAGACUUGCAGCAGUUGUCGAGAAAACAGCUCAGAACUCUGAAGUGAUUGAGAUCAAAGAUCUCAUGGCAAGGUUUUCCACAGACGUGAUUGCGUCAGUGGCCUUUGCCAUCAACUGCAACAGCCUCGAGAACCCAACCGCAGAGUUUUUAGUGAUGGGCCGAAAGUUUUUUGAACCAAAAUUAUUUACAGCCGUACUUUCCUUCACCUUUCCAUACUUGUUACAAGUAUUGAAAAUUCCUACGAUUGACCACGAUACUACAAAAUUCUUUACUCGUGCUUUCAAGGAAGCAGUCGAUUAUAGAAUUGCCAAUAAUGUUGUCCGAAAAGACUUUUUGGACUCAGUCAUACAGCUGAUGAACAAAGGGUUCGUUAAAAAUAAGGAUGAGGAUAAACUUUCCUCCGAGACAGAAAUUGACAAUCGAAAGAUUACCAUGGACGAAGGUGCCGCCCAAGCUUUCGUAUUCUGGAUUGGUGGAUUUGAUACAUCAUCGUCAACGGUGACUCAUUGUCUCUACGAGUUGGCGCUGAAUCAGGACUUGCAGGACAAAGUGGCCAAAGAAAUAAUCAGUGUCCUCGAAGAAUAUGGGGGCGUGACUUACGAAAGUGUCAACGCAAUGUCCUAUCUUGCCAAAGUCGUUUCCGAAACGCUGAGAAAGUACCCGGUGGUCCCAAUACUCACCAGAGAGUGUGACGAAGAUAUUGAGAUGCCUGGAACUGGCUAUCGUGUCACGAAGGGUACUCCAAUCGUCAUCCCGGUUCUCGGGCUCCAUUCGAACCCCGAUAUAUACCCAGAUCCAGAGAAAUUCGACCCGGAACGAUUCAACGAGGAGAACAUCGCCAAAAGGCAUCAGUACACGUACUUGCCAUUUGGCGAAGGGCCCAGAAACUGCAUAGGUAUGAGGUUCGGACUGGUGCAAUCUAAGGUUGGUCUCAUCAGCCUGUUGUCAAAGUAUCGUUUCACUCCUGGGCCAAACCUGGAUGUGCCAUUGAUAAUGGACAAGGUCAACUUUGUGCAAGUCGCCGCAAACGGAGUAACACUGCGUGUGCAAAUGCGAUAA